GCGGCGGAACGGGCGGAGGGAGGGGAGCGCCCGCCGGGCCGCUGUGCCCCGCGUCGCCACGGCGACGGCUCGGGGCCCGGCCAUGGCGGAGGAGGGGAGCCGUGAGGAUGGUGUGGUAGCUGAAAUUGAGAGAAAGAUUACAGAAGCUUUUGAGGCAUUUGAUCACGAAGGAAGUGAAACUGUGGAUGUCAGAGAGAUUGGUUCAAUUGUCAGGUCACUUGGUUGCUUCCCGACUGAGGCGGAGCUACAUGAACUGCUUGCAAAGGUAGAAGAAGAACCACCUACUGGAUAUGUUCAUCUAGAAAAAUUUCUUCCAGUGAUGACAAAAGUAUUAAUGGACAGAAGCUACAGGCCUAUUCCAGAAGAUGUUCUUCUACAUGCGUUUGAGGCUUUAGAUGAGAAUAAAAGUGGAUACAUUACUAAAGAGGAUCUGGUGAAACAUAUGACUGAAGAAGGUGAACCGUUUACUGAGGAAGAAAUGGAAGAGAUGCUCUCCAGUGCUCUAGAUCCAGAAACAAAUGCAGUUCAUUACAGAGACUACAUUUCAAUGAUGAUAGUAGAUGAAACUGAUCAUCUUCCACAGUAGAUUCUGAGGUGCCUUUUGGUAACAGCAAUGUAGCUUAGCAGUUGGUUGAAAUUCUGAGUAUAACAAAACACAGUGUGUGACCUUGUGCUUAUAAUUAAAUUCAAAUCUGUGUAGUUAUAUUUCCUUAGAUUCUGUCUAUAUAUUUAAAUCUAUUCACACUUGGAAAAGGAGUUCUUGACAGAAAUAGUAUGUAAGAUUUGGAAAAGAAAUUAUGGAAUUUGGUCUGAAAAAUAACAGGAAAGAUAAUGGAGUCCAGAAAUGACUUUGCAAUUGCUGCUGCAAAAGUGAUGGAAAAGUGAGACUGGGAAAACAGAUGAUAAGUAGGUGAGUAUUUUAAUACAACUUGAAUAGUGAGGGCAUGCUACUAUGAUAAAGCUUUUGUAUUUAAAUGCAAUCCCUGUUUGUGUUUAACAAAUGAGGCAUUGAUUGCUACAUUUGAAAUAAUAUUGCAGGUGAAUUAAAUUUUCUGCAGUUUGUAGGUCUUACCAAAUGCACUUGCAUUUUGUUCACCAUAGGCAAUUAAACUGGACCAGUUAGUCCCAUUGUGUGUUACUUAUCCACUGGCAUACAGUGCUUCUAUUUUAAACAUGUAGUUAACCCUCAAACCAUCACUAGAUCACACUUUCAAACAAAAUAAUACUUGAGAACAUUUCUGUUACUAUAUGCAACAAACAGACCUGUUUCACAAUCAGUUUGAAAAUCAGGAGCUUGAAUUGUUAAAAAUUUAGGAACAUAGGACUGGAAUUUAAUUUUCAUAAAUGGAUGAAGAAUCAUCA